GGUCGGUCGGUGUACCCUCUCUGUUAGAGCCUGGAUAUCGCCAUGACCGAGAUUAGAGCCCUGGCAGGGUCCAAAAACUCUUCCGAGGAGUCGUUGAUGAACGGUCAGAUUUAUGAGUACGAAUAUGAAUAUUACGAAUUGGACAUUUCUUUUGAAGGGCUGAAAGCGAACAAGUAUUCCAUUGUAAUAGCAUUCUGGGUUGGUCUCGCUGUCUUCAUGAUAUUUCUCUUCAUAAUUCUAAUGUUGAUGUCACGCUCAGGCUCUUCACCUGCACAAACUGACAACUUACAAAAAAAGUCAAAAAAAAAGGUCAAGAGGAACGAUGGUCAUCAAGUACAGGGCGAAAAUGUGUCCAGCUGUGUCACUUCAUCCUUAAUGCCUGUAGACACUGGAGCUGUGGCAAGUGUAAAUCUCAGCAACGAACAGAACUGCCUCGAAGUUUCUGAAGGUCCACGGUCACUGCUGGAUAAUAUUAUCAUUUCUACCAGAGUUAUUCCAUGAUCAGUCAAUCUAAAACCUGUAAUGAAGUUCCAGUUCUCAGGAAGGGGGAAAACCUGUUGGUAACAAUAUUUCGUAUUGCAGUUAAAAUAAAAAUAAUGUUAUAAAUCAUUCCAUAAGUGCUAAUGGUUC